UUACAGCCGUCAAGUGAAAACGCGUCAUCGAUUUCGGGAAAAUCUAAGAAUUGUUCUUUGAAAGAAAUUUUUAUUGUGUAACUUUUGAAAGAAGUUAUAUUAAGUCAACUACAAGGUAUUUUAUGAAAAAUGGGUAAAGAUUUGGCCGAUCCAGUUGCCUUCUUGAAGGAUUUUGCUGCCGGUGGUGUGUCUGCUGCCAUUUCAAAGACUGCCGUCGCCCCUAUUGAGCGUGUUAAGUUGCUUUUGCAAGUGCAGCACAUCUCUAAGCAAAUUAGUCCUGAUAAACAAUACAAAGGUAUGGUUGAUUGCUUUGUCCGCAUUCCAAAAGAACAAGGUUUUUCAUCAUACUGGCGUGGUAAUAUGGCCAAUGUUAUCAGAUACUUCCCUACUCAGGCUUUGAACUUCGCUUUCAAGGAUAAGUACAAGCAAAUUUUCUUGGGCGGUGUCGAUAAGAACACCCAAUUCUGGCGUUACUUUGCUGGUAAUUUAGCAUCUGGCGGUGCCGCUGGUGCCACAUCACUUUGCUUUGUAUAUCCCUUGGAUUUCGCCCGUACUCGUUUGGCUGCUGAUACUGGUAAGGGCGGUGCUCGUGAAUUCACUGGUCUUGGCAACUGCUUAGCUAAAAUCUUUAAAUCUGAUGGCUUGGUCGGUUUAUAUCGUGGCUUUGGCGUUUCGGUGCAAGGUAUCAUUAUUUAUCGUGCAGCCUAUUUUGGUUUCUAUGAUACCGCUCGUGGUAUGUUGCCCGAUCCCAAGAAUACACCGAUCUAUAUCAGCUGGGCUAUUGCUCAAGUUGUUACAACCGUUGCUGGCAUUGUAUCCUAUCCAUUCGAUACUGUGCGCCGUCGUAUGAUGAUGCAGUCCGGUCGCAAGGCUGCCGACAUUGUGUAUAAGAACACAGUGCAUUGCUGGGCUACAAUUGCUAAGCAAGAAGGUCCAGGUGCCUUCUUCAAGGGCGCCUUCUCUAAUGUUCUCAGAGGUACUGGUGGUGCUUUCGUGCUUGUGUUAUACGAUGAAAUCAAGAAAUUCUUGUAAAUUAAAGUAACUAUCAGCAACAUAAACCAAUCUACGCAUACGUACACACAUAUACAAACAAACACACCUACACAUCCACACCCUUUCCCUUCCAAACACACACACAUACACAUACACACACACACACACACACACACAAACGGAACACAUACACACAUAUUAACUAUCCUAAAACUAUUACCAUUUCUGUAACCUGUCCCGCACAGUAACGAAUUCUUAAUUUAAUUUUAAAGUUUAACUCAAUUAUUGUAAUUUAAAUCAAAUAACAAAUGCGAUAGCAACACGAAACAACUAUAACACA